AUGGCUGCCACGACAGAUGUGAAGAACUACAAGUUCAACCACUCGAUGAUCCGAGUGAAGGACCCCAAGGCUUCGGUCAAGUUCUACGAGACCCUCGGCAUGAAGGUCAUCAAGCAGAUUCAACAACCCGAGGCCAAGUUCGACCUUUACUUUCUGGCGUACGACUCGCCCAAUUCCAGGUCCGCCGGCAGCGGCACCUUUGACCGCGAGGGCAUCAUCGAACUGACGCACAACUACGGCACCGAGAACGACCCGGAGUACAAGAUCAACAACGGCAACACGGAGCCGCACCGCGGGUUCGGUCACACGUGCAUCAGCGUCGACAACAUCCAGGCAGCAUGCCAGCGCCUCGAGGACGCCGGGUACGCGUUCAAGAAGAAGCUGACGGACGGCAAGAUGCGGCAUAUUGCUUUCGUGUUGGAUCCCGAUCAGUACUGGGUUGAGAUUAUCGGCCAGAAGCCGAUUGAGCAGACGGAGGACGUCAAGGAGACAGACGUGGCUACGUAUAGAAUGAACCACACCAUGCUCCGCGUCAAGGACUACGAGAAGUCUCUCAAGUUCUACCAGGACGUCUUGGGUAUGACGCUGAUUCGCAAGAACGAGGCCAGCGAUUUCACGCUAUUUUUCCUGGCGUACGGCGACCUCAAGGAGGGCGAAAGCCAGGCGCAGCGCGAGGGCAUCCUCGAGCUGACCUGGAACCACGGUACCGAGAAGGACGAGAGCUUCAGCUACCACAACGGCAAUGACCAACCCCAGGGCUUUGGACACAUUUGUGUUACGGUCGAUAACAUCGACGCCGCUUGCGCGCGGUUUGAGGAGUUGAAGUGCAACUGGAAGAAGCGCCUCACCGAUGGGCGCAUGAAGAACGUUGCCUUUUUGUUGGACCCCGACAACUACUGGGUUGAGGUUGUCCAGAAUGAGAAGUUUGCCGGCAAGGCCAACUUCUAA